ACACCAGGACUGUGGAGAUGUGAUAUACCUGAUUCCAGUGGAGAGAUGCAGAGCCUCUACAUCUACAUCAGCAAUAAAAGAUCAUAUGGACAACUAAACAGUUUGGUAUCUAUGAACUUCACUCUACACACUGAGCUCAGAGCAAGUCUUCCUGAAUUCACUAUCUCCUGCCGUACUCAUGGAGGACCUGCCACAACUGUCCAGUGGACAGUAAAUGGAGUCCCAGUACAGGAAGACAGAUAUCAUGAGACCAGUCAGCUCAUACUGGACACAUCUCUCAACUCUGUCUAUGACAACAGAUUGAGAGUGAGAGGAAGAAGAAAUGGGACCUACAACUGUACCAUUAGAAACAAUAUUAGAGACUAUCAUCCUGAGGCAUCCAUUACUGAAGUCAAUGGCACAAAGAGAAUUGCAGUGGCAGGAGAGCCCACCGGUGUUACUGCAGUCAUCUCUGGGUCCAACAGUACACAUGUCAAUAUCACUGUGUCUUGGGAGUCACCAGGUGAUCCUGUCACUGGCUAUGUCAUCUACUACCAGCCCAAGGGAGGACCAGUCAUCAGUGACAGGGUGUCUGGAGGAGAGACAGACACACACUCACUGGAUGGUCUUCAGAGAGGAGUCACCUACUACAUCUCCAUAGUGGCUCUGUCACCUCACCUACCCAGUCCUCUGGUUGGACCUAUCACUGUCAUUCAAGCCACCUGCUCACAUAACCACACUAUUAGUUGCAGCAAUGGUUUCCAGUCCUGUCACUAUUUCUGUUACUAACACUGCUACAAGUUCUACAACUACUAGUCUCAUUAGACCCUUCACCACCAGCAGAGCUAGUAUGGUGCCUACAUCUUCUGUCACUGCACUUAAAGCCACUGUGGCUGGCCGAAAGACAACUACAUCCAUCACCGAGUCUAGCACUAAUUCUCAAGUCCCUAUUACCCCAACUACAACUGCUACACUACUACUGUUACUGUCACUACAACGGUAGUUACUGGCACCACUAUCACUACUGCCCCAACAAUCACCCCGACCAGUGAUAUGGUCAUUGCCUCUCCAGUCAGUCAAAUGUGCACAUUUGCAAAAGGUGAGAUGAUCAAAAGAAACUCAAUGUCUAUAUAUCAGGCUUUUGUACCUCAGAUAUGGAGCCAUGUACUAAAACAGUCACUCUCACAACCAAUAUGGUCACUUGUACUCCUGUCAGUGAAACAUGCUCCUGUACUAAAGAUGUUGACAAGGAGCCAUGUACUGAGAGCACUGCAGUAAUAGCUGGAAGUGUGGGUGGAGGAAUAAUACUCUGCCAGAUCCUUGUCUGUCUCCCCAUUGCCAUAUUUGGCAUCUGCAAUAGAUCAGCAUACAGUAAGAAGGUGGAGACCCACAGUAACACAGCCUAUGGAGUGGUACCAGCAAGAAGAAGGGAGGAACCAGAAUAUGAAGUGAUUAAUCAGCCUCUGAAGCAAACUGCUGCUAAACUACCUCUGUCUCGAAAUGUUGCCACUGCAUCCACUGCGAUGUAACUGAAUACACUAAAAAGCUAACUAAUUUUUAGUUUUAGCUUAGCGAUUUUGGCAGUGCGUAGUAUAGAGCCACUGGCCUGAACAUUAGUUGCUGUGU